UUUUGUUGCUCUCGGGUUGUCGAACAGGUCGGAUGGGUACGCUGCUGCUGCUGUGCAAAAGGCACGUUUAGAAGGCUGUGCACGUCGUACGUUGUUGUUCAAAUACAACACACGAGCAGAUAGAGUGAGAGUAGUGCGAAGGGAACAGAUGUGGAGGUGAGAUGACUGUGUAGGUUCUAGCGCGUUUGGUUCUAGCCGAGCUGAGUGUAGUGUACAGUUGUACAGCCUUGCGCUGGAUCGGGGUGCUGUUUGUUGGUUACACUUUCGAAAUGUGACGAGCGAAGCGAGUACACGCGAGUUGUGGACACCAGCUUAGGUGGAACCUCGACGAACAAAGUGCUGAAACGCGAGCUAAAAGCUGCCACACAAAUUAGCAAAGUGCUCACAAAGGUCUUUUUUUGUUGUGUUUUGUGUAUUUGUCAGCAAUCAGCCAGCCAGAACGAAGUUCAACAAACAGCACUGCGACGAUCGCCCGAUCAGCGAAAUGUGAUGGAAAUCGAGUGAGAGUUGGCUGGAGAACUUCCGCGUGGAAAGUCGCAGCCGAACGAACACGCGAAAACCUGCCAAACUUGCCGCCAAUGGUUAUUGUGCAACUGGAACGUGGAUACAUCUGCAGGGUGAAAGUGAAAAGUGUACAAAGCCGUGGGUGUAUGUGUGACAGUACCGUACAGUGCCUUUACCGCCGUGGAAGCUGGGAAAAAUGGCUCACUUCUCCAUCACGGAGAUGCCGGACAUGAAGGUGACGGAUACGUUCCCGAAGAGUGGCCGGGUCACCGAAGUUUGCAAAGAAUGGCUAGUUCGGGAGGAUAGUGCGUUGGCUUACGAGCUCCAAAACAGAGAAAUUUCCGAACACUACAAGGGCAACAAGCACCGCAACCAAAUCGUCCGCCAGGACUUCCCGACUGCCCUUUCGGAGCAGAUCCGGGAAAAGGAGGACGCCGAACGGCAAGCUGCGCUGUACCACCAGAUGAUCAAUGAGCAGGAAGAGAUGGAUGCCAAAGUAGCACGCGAUAUCGCCAGCCAGCUGAAGCGGGAAGCCGAACUCAAACGGAGGCUGCAGGAGGAGAAGGGUGAGAUGUUGGCGCGAAAGUUGGAACAGGCGGCCAUCAGUGGCGGUGGAAGGAAGGCUCACCGGCCGGUUGUCGAGCCGGAGCUUGCCUUUCCGCUACCUCCGAGGAAUCAUCCGAAGCCAGUGCAGCACCAGCAACCUCCAAGGCCACCGAUGACUCACCACGCUUCCCCGUACAUUGCCCAUUCACCACCGGGACCGUCUUCCGCCAUGGAACAACCCGAUCUGCACUACGCCUCGCUGGAACUCAACUCUCCCAAGCGACCUCCACCGCAGUCGAUGUUCCAAAAUGGACGGAAUCCAUCGGCCAACAUCUACCAGGAGAUCACCCACAAUCCAGCUCCACCAAACUUUAACCGGUACGACGAGGACGAGGAAGGCUACACGAACAUCAACCUUCACUCGCACACACCGGAGAAGAAGCAACCGUUGUUCCCGAACGCGCGGAACGGAUCGUCCUCCGUGGACAUCGUCGACAGCAUCCGACAGUACGAUAUUCCGUACGACGGAGACUUUAGCUACCAGCUGCCACCACCUCCCUCCCUGAACGACAUCACAGGUCACGGACAGCGAGCGAACGCUCCAAGGGCUGGUCCCUCGACCUCCGACGCGUACAAGUACACCAACAACGUCUCCACCGAGGAAGACUUCCGCAAUAAUUCCAACUUUAACAAGAUAUCCCCGGAGAAGAUCGUCACCCCUCCGAGUCUCGCCCCCGUCCCGUACGUAGCGGCCGGUCCCAGCCGGAGCUCGCGAGCGGCCAUCAACUACAACGCGUACGACGACGACGACAUCGAGGAAGCGCUCGCCCAACCAUCGCUGCCAUCCAACCACACUCCUCAGCUCAACCAGAUAGGACUGCCCACGAACCUGGACCUGGGCGCUGCUGCCAGCGGGUCCAGCUCCUCCCCACGCUAUCCGAGCAACGGUCGAAGUCAGGACGGUGCUGGCAGUUCACACCAUCACCACCACCAGAAUCCACACCUGUACCAAAAUCAUCACCCGCAUCAUGCGCACCAACAGCAACAACAGCAGCAUCACAGUCCGGUGUCGCCGUCGCACUCCAAGAGUGGUAGCUAUGAAAAAGCCGACCGUAUCCGGACCAUGAAGGAUCUCGGGUUGCCGCCGGAGGAGAUUCACGAGCUGGAUAAGCGGUUGGAGCAGGAGUUGAAGGAUGAGGAACUGGCCCGUAAACUGCAAGACCAAGAAGCGGACGUGAUGGACCAGGAGGUGAUCGACCGGCGCGUUGCCAUGGAAGCCCAGGACAAGGAACUGGCCAAGAUGCUUCAAGAGCGGGAACGUGCCAAGGCUAAACGAGCCCGGGAGAAGGCCCGUUUGAAGAAGGAAAUGCAACGCCAGCAGCAACUCCAGGACGGCACGGGAGAAGUCGUCGAAGAGGCAGCUGGUUCGCCGUCACAUCCGCUGGAACAGCAGCCAGCUUCGUUGGAGGCUGCGGAGCCUGAUCCGGAUGGAGACUCUUACUCCAAUCCGAUUGAUAUGCUUCAGCAUGCGCAAGCUAAUGGAGGCGGCAGUGGGAAACGGUACUUUGGAGCGCCUACCCAUUCGCCAGAACAUGGUCUCGCUAUGCAUAAGGCACAAGGGAGCAUUUCUUCGCACGGAUCGGGCUCCGGCAGUCAAUACAUGGCUUCUCAAUCGUCCCCAAAUGAGGAUAGCUACUCGAACCCGAUCGACAUGAUUAGACAGCAGAAAUCGGCACCCAACCUUAAGCUGUCCGCAAAUGUUCAACGGUUGGUUGAAAAUGGUCGUAAAGACGACGACAUCUACGUACUGCCAAUCUCCGAAGGAGGCGAAAACAGAAGUCCUCAGCGACCAAAUCAGCUAGAUGUUCGAGGCGUUCCAAAUCGUUCUUCUGGAUCCAGAAUCGAUCCAACGUUCGGCACGAGUCCGAUGAACACAAGCUCCAUGACUGCCUCAACGCUCUCUUCACCUCCAGAUAUUCUCGAGUUUUCCGACCCCGGUUCAUCUAGUCCAGUGCCACCGUACAUGCCGAUACAGGGAACCCGCCGGAACGCCGCCGGCGGUGACAAUAAGAAGCGAAAAUCAAAAGAGCGGUGCGCCCAGCAGUGAGACUUUUUAUUUUAUUUUGAAAUAUGCUAUUUUUGUACUGUUACUUAUUCAUAAUGCGUUCUAGUUAUAUACAAAAACAUCAAAAGUAAUAAUAAAAAAAGCUGUAACAAAAAGCACGUUGCUACUAUUAAGUGUCAAUGGGACAAUAACCCACAAUGCGUUGCUGUUUCGGCUGCUGACGCGGAACAGCACGAAGCAGGAACCUGAGUAUCGUCGAUAUUUAUUGCGCUAUUAUACACAACAGAUUAUACACAUACAGAUAGAUAGGCUAGCAAAGAAACUGCUCGAAACUUUGUUUUCUUCUACUCGAUAUCCUUUUCAUCUGUUUUAUUUACAUCGUAAACAUCUUUAGUUUCCUUUUUGCAAACAGCAUUUUCUUUAUUUUUGUACAAUUAUUUAUGUAAUCCUUGUGUAAUAAAAUUGCAUUUUAUUUAA